CAAAGUAAUGACACGAUUCCAAGGAAGGAAAGACUCGAGAUACAUCAAGUUGUAUUGUGUGAAAAACGUUAUAAGAUACUGGUUUUGAGAUCUUUUUUCUGGAUAAGAAUAGGGUGAAAGUUGCAAGUGCAAAAUCGUAAAUUGAUGCGUGUCCGAGAUGCUGUAGUAUGACUAAUUGACUAUGAUGGGAUUGGAAUCCAUUAUCCAAUAUUCAAUAAUCGAUAUUCAUCUCAUUAAAGUCUUUUACGUUUUUGACCCUGAAGUGCGAAGCCUUCUGAGUCUGACAGGCCUUAUAGUUUGGGCAAAACGAAGCCCAAGACCCAAAUUUCAGACAGCAACUUCCGUUAUUCCUGUGUAGUCCCCAAGUUGUUGGAGAGAGAAACUUUGGGAAGUGAUUGGAGUUGGAAGUAGAUGAACCAUGGCUACCUCAUCAUCACAGAUUGCAUGCUUACUCUCUUCUAGUUUUCACUCCAACUCCUACUUGUUUCUUCCAACUAGAACUAGGUCCCUUCCAUUGUCUCUAACACCUGUCUCACACAACCUUAUCCAAACAAAAAGAUUCAUCAUUUUUCACGACCCACCAAUUCUAAUCUCUCACAGAAGUAGUAGAGUUAGGCCAACUACUCUUUCUGCUGGUGCUGAAGAUAUUGUACCUUCGGAUUCAACUGCGGUUGAUGCUGCCAAGGAAUUGGUCUCCAGCAAUGAUGAUGGGGUGUCCACAGUUAUUUCAGCACUUCUCUUCAUUGCUUUCAUUGGGCUAUCAAUACUUACUAUUGGGGUUAUCUAUUUGGCAGUGACGGAUUUCUUGCAGAAAAGAGAGAAGGACAAGUUUGAGAAGGAAGAAGCGGCUAACAAAAGUGGGAAGAAGAAGAAGAAGAAGGUGGUGAGAUCCAGAGCCGGGCCUAGAGGAUUUGGACAGAAGAUUGAUGAAGAUGAAGAUGAUGAUUAGGGUCCAAUCAUGAACCUUUUUUUGUACUUUUUAUGAAUUACCAAAUUACUUAGCCUUUCACACUGAAAAAUGAAAAUGUUGAUAUAUCAAGUUUCAAAUGCAGAGAGAACUAGCUUUGCUUGGAUAAGAGUCCUUAUAAAUGCCUUUCCAACAUCCGGUUUUAUUUUCAACUCGGGUGUAUCAUGUCAUGGAUGAGUUGUUUUCAUAUAACAAAAUGAAUGUUUCAAGUUUCACUUUCAUUUUAGAAACGGGAAGAGUUUUCUU